AUUCGCUACGAAGACGUGUGUUGCAUUAAGAUGAAAGCAAUCAGACCUCUCUACUUGGUUAUGCUUUACUUUUUCUCAGUCUGCAAAGGUGAAGAUGAGAUAUGCAUGAAGAAUGAACGUUGUACCAUCACCCGUGUUAUACCCUCCUUUCAAUCUGGAAUGUAUCAAGGUAAAAUCAAUGAAGAGCCCAUCUAUCAGAUCGAUACAUGCGGAAAUAUACCGGAAGUGACGAUUUUUGACAGCCACAUCAACUUAAUUAAAGUCACAACACAGACAAUCAAUCGGAAACACUUGAGAGUUGUAGUUGUGGUAAAACUAUACGAAAACAAGCUGGAAGGGGAAUGGAAAAUAUUAUUCGGACAUGAAAUACUGGUUAAGUUCAGUGUGAAAUUCAAAGGUGACGCUAAACUAAGAAGACCAAUGAUGGCAUGUAAUGAGUUUAACAAAAAACUAAACUUUCUACUUCAUGGUCAAAGGGUGAUUGAGGCUAAGAUUAAUCGGACACUGGACGUUCUAGAAAACGUUGAAUAUCUGAUCAAAAAACAAGUCAAUAAUAAGGAAACUGAAGGUCCCAGAAAAGCAGCUGUUAGCAAUAGUGAUCAGAUGGCCUUCAGGAAUGGAUCGCUGGAAGAAGAUUUGAAUGCCAUUGCUUAGAAUACGUCUCUUGCCAAUAUUCAUUUUCCUUGUGCAUCUCUCACUACAUUGUCGCUUAUCUAUUACUUUAAACAUUGUGCAGUUAUUGUGCAACAUACGUUUAUGGUGCUAAAUUUAUGGUGCUACUUUUAUGGUGCUAUUUGACUCAAAUAAUCGUUAGAUUAAGUUCUAUUCAUAUUAUCAGUAUUGAA